UCACAAUAGUUCUACUUCACUAAUUUAUUUAAAAAAAAUAAGCAAAAUGUAAUGAUAAUGAUAUUUACAAAGAUUUUUGUAGUAUUGGAUAUAAUUUUUUUUUCAGAAAAAAUCUAGUUCUUUGAGUCCGCCGAUAAAAAUUUGGUUUGCAAUAUUUUAUUUUUGUACUAUACGAAACAACGGAAAGGAUAAAUAUCGUUAUCUUACUUUGGAAAAUCAAGCUCAGCCAUGGCUUCUACUUCCACUCUCCUUCGACUUCACUUCCACACUGUCCCUCUUCCUCUUCUUCCAUCACCCAACCCAUACACAUCUCACUUUCGUCCCAAAUUCUCCAUCAAAUGCAGUUCCACUCCUACCCCUGAACCCCUCGAUCCCUCAUUCCCCAUUCCCAGUUCCAAAACCACCAUUCCUCCCGAAUCAUUCCCCAUCGAAAAGCGAAGGAGAUCCGAGAUUAUCCAAGACCCGAAAUCGCGAACCGAGCUGACGAUACCGGAGCCCCCGAGUUUCGAGAUCGGCUGGAAGAGGACGAAGGAGAUUAAGCUGGAAAAGCCAAAAGGAUAUGUGAUAGCGGAUUUCUUGGAAAAGUUGGAGGGCUUGAUGGGGAAGGAGUUCGGGUCGACGGAGCUUUUGGCGAAGGCGGGAGAGAUUGUGACGGAGAGGGCGAGAGAGGAGGCGGAGGUGCUUAGAGAGAAGGGGGAAGUGGAAGAGAGGCUAAUUACAGAGCUGUUUAGGGUUUUGAGGUUGAUUGAGAUGGAUAUGGCAAUGGUGAAAGCGGCGGUUAAGGAAGAGACUCUGAAUGAGAGACUUGAGCAAGCCAAGGCUAGGUGUAGGCAAGCUAUUCUUGUUGCUUUGUCGUUUUGAAUGCCAUUGCGUGCAGUGAAUAGUAUAAAACAGGUUAGGAAUUAAAUUAACUGAAUCAAUCAUUUUUUGCUUAUGAAAUCAUAUAAAUAUAAAUAUAUAU